AUGCCAAUGAAUGAGUGCCAUACCAAUAUUUUGGAAAAGUAUUUGGAAUACCUAUACAUGGGUUCUCUUUAUUUGGAAAAUUCAGAGAUGGUCCACAAAUUUUUGGAAUUUGUUAAAGAGAUUUCCCCAACCAGACAUUAUCCUUUUAUUGAAAAGAUUUAUUCUAUGGAAAAUAGAAAGGAUUUGAGUUUGACGAGAGAAAUAUUGAAGGAAUUGUACAAGGAUUUGGCUACUCUAAUUGAUGACAGCACCUACAGUGAUUUGGUUGUUGUUUUGGAUCAGGACAAUCCAUUCGUCCAACCCUCUCCUUCUUGGUUAUUUCACUAUUGGACAAGAGCACUGUUUGGGUAG